AUGGCAUAUGACAGGCAGGCGACUCAGCAGAGCUUAAACUCUCUGCUGUCAAAACUGACAGAUCCUGACCCGGAUAUCCGCUACAUGUCCCUCAACGACCUGUUGACCACCCUCGAACAAGCCAACUCCGCGUACCUGGCGCAAGAUGUUCAUUCUUGUUCAAAGCUAGUAGAGGGUCUUCUCAAAGCCCUCGAGGACCCACAUGGCGAAGUGCAAAACCAGGCUUUGAAAUGUUUGAAGCCGCUUGUAACUCGCCUUCCUCCGGAAAUAGUUACUCCCUUAAUCGAUAAACUCACUCAUAUGACGGCCUCCGAGACAAUUGAUACCUCCGUUCCCAAUACCGCACUGAGAAUCAUCUUGGCAGCUUUGCCUCGUCCUGACCCCAGCGCCCCUCUUUCUCGAGAAUCUCAAGCAGGGUGUAUGGCAGUGUCCAAGGUUUUGAUUCCAAGACUUGUCGGGGGAACCGUUACGGCCAAUGGACAAUCUAAAGUAAAUGGGAUGUUGACAAAUGAUCCAGAAAAGGGAUACAGCAGCGAAGCCCUCGAUGUGUUGAUCGAAGUGGUAAGGCAUUUUGGCCCGAUGUUGAACGAGCGCGAGUUGGCUUCUCUGGAGGAGACGGUGAUGGCUAUUGUUGAAAAUGACAACGCUGGAACUGUAGUUAUAAAACGGGCUUUAACAGCCGUCUCGGCUCUACUAGCCCACUUCUCAGAUGCGCAGUUAAGCACGUUCGUUUCCACACUGAUAGAAAGCUUUCGAUCACCACACCUUACAUCCACCCGCCGUCGGCAUCUCAUUGGGACAAUAGCAGCGUUGGCUAGGUCAAUCCCUUCUAAAUUUGGCCCUUAUCUGAGGACGUUGGCCCCUUUUGUGCUCUCAGCCGUCAGCGAACAGGAAUUAAGUGAAAUGCGAGACGAUGACUCGGAUACAGGCGACCACGAUUCGGAAGAAGAUGAAUUACGCGAAACAGCCCUGGCGACGUUGGAGACUUUACUUGGAUCUUGUACCAGUGAAAUGCAACUUUAUCUAUCCGAUUCGAUAAAGGCAGCGUUGCGGUAUCUCAAGUACGAUCCCAAUGUAGCGGAGGUCGAAGAUGAGGAAAUGGGUGGGACGCAAGAUGAGGGUAGCGAUGAUGGGGCGACUGAGGAGCCCGAAGAUGACAAUGAUGCAUUUGAUGAUUUUGAAGAGGAAGAGGGAUACAGUGAUAUAGAUGAUAUGAGUUGGAAAGUCCGCAGAUGCGCUGCUAAGGUUUUAUAUACAAUCAUCGCAACUCAGCAGAAUAAUCCGAAGGCUCUUGAAGAUGACCCUAUAUAUCAGACAAUCGCACCUGCUCUACUUGCGAGGUUCACUAAAGAAAGGGAGGAAUCCGUCAAACUUGAAGCAGUUGCUAGCAUGAACUGUCUUGUCAGGAAAACUGGAGAGAUAUCAGCGGUGAUCAAUCCUGACAUACAUCUCACCAAUGAAUUUGGGAGGGGGAGAACCUCUAGAAAGAGAAGAAGACAGGACAGUGAUGCUAAUCUGUUUGAUUUGGAGUCGGAGGUCGCAUCUUCACUUGCCAUGAGUUCCCCAAUUACCACAGGCUCAAUUCCAAGUUCGGGUCCACAGGCAGAGAUUGCAAAGUUGACACCCAGUAUAAUUCAGAAUAUUGUCAAGUUAUGGAAGCGGGCGUCUAUACCAUUGAAACAGGCCGCGAUUUCGUUAUUGAAAAGUCUAGCCCUUGUUCGGUACGGUGGACUUUCCGAAUUCCUACAGCAAAUCGAAGACCCGAUCGCAGACGCUUUAAAGACCUCUGCUAUGUCAUCAGGCUUCUCCGUCUCUGCUGGUACAACAUCCGUCAGCUCUAGCAGCUUGCAGAUAGAAACUCUUAGUCUGAUUGCCGCGAUUUCGGAAACGCAUGCAUCCAAUGCGCUCCUACCGUUCCUCAUUGCCCUAAUCCCUGGAGUUGGUUGCAAGAUUGCGGACAACAGUUCUGAUCUGGAAGUUCGUCAGCGAGCGAUCCACGUCCUUGGAGUAUUGCUGGGCCGCACUUCCGGAGCCCCGAAGUUCAUUUCUCCCGUUCAACGGGCUGCGGGGUUGACGCUGCUAGUCGAUCGCCUGCGAAACGAAACAACAAGGCUUGCAACAGCUCGUGCCAUCGAUGAUAUUGCUCUGCUUGCUAGUGGCCCGGAUGAUGUCGCAUUUCCUUGGGCGCCUUUGGUGGGAACAGUCUUAAAGGCAUAUUUGCUGCUAGUUCGAGUUAUUGGAGAACAAGGAGCUGGGGCUGUACUGAUGCAGGCGUUGUUGAAGGAUGUCGGUGUCAGUGGAGACCCUGCUGUUGUCGGGAGAGCUAUUGGAACACUGCUUGUAUAUGGCGGUCCAAAUAUUGGGGUCAAGAUGGAAGACUUCCUGACAGAACUUCAAACAGCACAAGAUGCUCAACGAAAAUGUCUUGCCCUUGCCGUCCUAGGAGAAGUCGGCCUUCGCAUGGGACCCGCAUGCCCGUUGACCCCAGAAACGUUCAUCUCGAAUUUCACCUCCAAGUCUGACAAAGUACGGCUCUCCGCCGCUAUCGCCCUUGGAAAUUCCGGUGCGAGCAAUAUCAAAGCAUAUCUCCCUGUUAUCUUAGAAGGGUUAGAGGCGUCCGCGCCGUCAAAGUAUCUCCUCCUCCACUCCCUUAAGGAGAUCCUGCAACAUCCUGAAAGUGUUAGACCUGAUGUCGCACCAUUUGCCACACGUCUUUGGCAACGAUUGCUCACGGCUUCUGACGACGAAGAUAACCGCGCAGUAGGCGCGGAGUGUAUUGGAAGAUUGUCUCUCAUCGAGCCGACCUCUUACAUUCCUUUACUUCAGGAAUAUCUCUCAAAUGAAAACCCUGCUAUCAGGGGCACAGUCAUCUCAGCUUUCCGGUACACCCUUGCCGACUCUAGCGAUUCCUACAACGAUGUUCUGCGCCCGCUGAUCGUUCCCGUGUUGGUCACAAUGCUGAAUGAUACGGAUCUUUCGAAUCAUCGCCUGGCCCUAACAACGGUGAAUUCCGCUAUCCACAAUAAAACUAACCUCAUUGUCCCUCAUCUCAAUAAAAUCUUACCAGCUGCUAUUAACGAUACUCGAGUCAACCCGGCUCUUGUGAGGGAAGUUCAAAUGGGCCCAUUCAGACAUAAAGUCGAUGAUGGUCUAGAAGUUCGAAAGAGCGCCUACGAAGCCGUCUACGCGUGUCUAGAAGUAGCCUUCGGCGCACUAAACGUCGCCGAAAUCUUCGACCGAAUCAUCGCCGGCAUCGAGGAUGAACAGGACGUCCGCACCAUAUCUAACCUAAUGAUCUCAAAACUAAUCGUCCUUGCACCAGAGGAGACGCGUGACCACCUCAACGCGCUCAGUGCACCAUUGCGGAAGGUCCUCUCUAUUAAACCCAAGGAAAACGCUGUCAAACAGGAGCUUGAGAAGGCGCAGGGGGCGUCAUUGGGAGUACUGAAGAUUACGCGGGAGUUGCAGAAGGCGUUCCCGACUGCGGAGGCAUCUGGUGAUCAGCGUGCGUGGAAGCUGUAUGUGGAGUGGGUGGGGAAGGAAUUCACACCUCUGAUCAGAUCAUUGGCGAAUGACGGCUAG